CCCUUUCUCUCUCCCUAUAUAUGUGAAUGCCUAGACAAGUCGCCCCCCCCAUCCCUGCUAUGAUAGUCCAACCUUUUCUUCGCAAACAGGAGAAGAAGAAGAAAAAACAGAAAUCCCAUACAUAGAGAUCAGUGGGUGGAGUACAUAGCUAGAAAAAACAAAGACCAAAAAAAAAAAAGUCAAUAAAUUAAGAUUCUAUAAUCAGUUAAAAGGUAUAGUUUUUGUUUUACAAAGAUUUUGUUUCUAGAAAUAGCAGCUUGAGAGAGAGGGGUUUAGUUAACAACAAGGUAGAAAUGGGAAGGCCUCCUUGCUGUGAUAAAGUUGGUGUGAAGAAAGGUCCCUGGACUCCUGAAGAGGACAUCAUUUUGGUUUCUUAUAUUCAAGAACAUGGUCCUGGCAAUUGGAGAUCUGUUCCUACUAAUACUGGGUUGCUCAGGUGCAGCAAAAGCUGCCGACUCCGGUGGACAAACUAUUUGCGUCCCGGAAUAAAACGUGGCAACUUCACCGAACAAGAGGAAAAGAUGAUUAUACAUCUCCAAGCCCUUCUUGGAAAUAGAUGGGCAGCAAUAGCUUCAUACCUUCCUCAAAGAACAGACAAUGACAUAAAGAACUACUGGAAUACCCAUCUCAAGAAGAAACUCAAAAAGAUGCAAGGCGGCGGCCAAGAUGAUCAGGCAAUGUUCCAGCAAGAUGGCCCUAAUAAUAAUUCCUCACUAUUAUCAUCUUCUUCUUCUUCCACUCACCACCAAUCACUCUCAAAGGGCCAAUGGGAGAGAAGGCUUCAAACUGACAUACAAAUGGCCAAACAAGCCCUUUGUGAGGCUCUAUCCAUCGACGACGACAAACCCAAAACCGCAACCGCCCACCUGCCCAACCCGGUCCACCCGUCUCCCGCGGCCCCAUAUGCUUCGAGCACGGAGAACAUUGCGAGACUGCUCGGAAACUGGACGAAGAAAAACUCGGGUCGCCGGACCGGUUCCCCGACCCGGUCCAACUCGGAGACACUCACAACCCAAACCGGGACGAUGGCGGGUUCCAGCUCGUCCAUCUUCAGCUUCAACUCGGAUGUGGCCUCCCAAGCACUUUCGACCGUGAACGAGAACGGGGGCGUUUUCCAGGUCGAGAGCAAGCCGAGCUUCGUCGCCCAAACCGCGGGAACGGACAAUAAUGAUGAUAACGGUGCGGCGGAGACGAACAUGCCCCUUACAUUGCUGGAAAAAUGGCUGUUUGAUGAUGCAGCAUGCAAUGCUCAAGCAGCACAAGAGGAGCUAAUGAUGGGAAUGGGAGUGGAUUUGGGUAUGCCCUUAGGUGAGACUGCUGAGUUGUUUUGAUGAAUUGGAAGUGGAUCUAUCUUGUGCACAUGAACCAAUGCAUGCUGGCAAUGACAUCUUUGUGUAUAUGUCUCUAUUAUCUUUGAAACUUCUGGUUUUACUUCUUUUACCAUUACCAUAUAUCAUGAAGAUUGUUAGGGCUUUAAAACCCUAUAUCUGUGUGUGUGUGUGUGUCCAUAGACUGGGCUUUUUCACAUAGUUCAUUAAGUAGCUAUAUCAAGCUAGAGCUCCAACUUCUGCUAUUGGACAAAGAAAGUGUAUAUUAAGGUACUGUUUUAUUGUACUAAUUAGUCUCUAUAUAUUAUCAACUUAUAUAUAGCCAAGUGGGAAUAAAACAUCUAGACUUUU